AUGACCAGUUCCACUCCCUCUUCCAUCGGCCAAGCUUCAUCGAGGAUGCACUCGGCGACCGAGUCCCACACGGGAUUCUAUAUGGCAUUUGUGCCCUAUCUGCUAGGUGUGUCUUCCUACGAGGCUACCAACGCUGGUGGGUUCUAUACAGACCCGGCUUUGGCAGACGUUGACCCCCGAGACCGAGCACAGGGGUACUUGCAAGCUGCAGAGGGGUUCCUAAACCUCCGCGACGUGUCACUGACUACGAUACAGUUAUGCGUGUUGAUAGGAGCCGCCUGGACUGCCGACGGCAAUGGGGAAGCAGAGAACAUGUAUUACGGCGUUGCAUGUAGAGCGGCGUUACUGCUAGAUCUCCCCAAUAGGCCAGCGACCACGCUGCUGGAACGGGAGAUCAACAUACGGGUCUGGUGGUCACUCUGCAUGAUUGACGUCUGGUCGUCCACCGCGGUGAAGCUGCCCAAGCUGCUGCCGGCGAGAUCUGACAUCCCCCUGCCCAUGGACGAUCUACCGUUCCUCUCGUUGGACCGCAGCGGUGCAUCCCGGACCACAGCGGAUGCGGGUGCGACCUUGUCGAGCCAGAGCUCGCAGCACCUCUCGCAGAUGGUGCGGCUCAAUCGGAUCCUGCUCGACAUCAACGACUUUAACCAGCGAUGUGUGGCCGAGAACCCGGACUGGGACGCCCUCGGGCACGGCGUCGACGCGCUCCACGCGAGGAUGGAGGGCUGGCUCGACGCGCUGCCGGAGAACAUGCGCGAUACCCCCGAGAACUUUGCGUGGUUCGCCGCCCGCGGCCUCGGUAGGACAUUCGCGGCUGUGUACCUGGGGUAUUACCACUUUGGCCAGCUCCUGUACUACCAGUUCUUGUACGGCGCAGGCACGACGACGGCCAUCAACCCCACGGCGUCGGUGUCCGUCGCCCGUCGGAACACGUACGCGACCCGGUGCAAGGAGCACGCGGCCAGGCUGUGCGACAUGGUCUACCGCACGCAGACGACUGCGGGGGCGGACGUAAGGUACACGAUGGCGGCACACGUGUUGGUGAUUGCGUCGACGGUGCAGAUCCAUACGCUCUUGUUCAGCGGCGACGAGGUAGAUAUUGGCUUGGCGAGACGGCGUCUCGAGAGGAACUUUGAGAUGCUUCUGCAGCUGCGCUGUUACUGGCCGACGGUUGACCGAGCCAUCAGCAGACUAAGGGCUUUCCACAAGACGGCGCGGAACAGCAUCGACACAAGCUUUGUGCUGGACCGCUGGAUGCUGCGGUUCUUGGUUGAGUUUACGGAGCCGAUGGAGGAGAAGGAGGCCACAAUAGGCCGGCACGGGGAUGGUGACGAGAUGGAGUCCUUGUGGGCAAUGGAGGGGCCCCGGUGA